AUGAGCAUCACCAAGACCAAAAAUCACAAGUGGGCCAAGGCCAGGGCCAGCGAAGAUGUGACGAGGCUGCAUCGAACGAGGCGUUACGAAAAACAUUAUGAUUACACAGCGAUCGCCGUCGAUCAAGCAAAAUGCCGCAAGGUCAGUGCCGGAAGGUUGGCGAAAUGGUGGGAGACGGGGGCCUCCGUCGAAGGUUCUCUCUCCACCGGCGACGAUCCCCAAUUAAACGGAUUGGCAUCCCUGCUCGGAUCGGACCAGACGACCGAAGUGGACAAGAUCGGGUCUUGGCCUGCGUAA